CACAUUUAUGACGGAGUCCAUGUACAUCACUCCUGUCACAGUCAUGUUAUGCGGUUCGGGCCUUGGGGGAUAGGGAAAAGCAGAGAUGCUGUGUGGGCCGUUGAUGCAGCUUCUUACUUCUUUUCGUGGUUGGUCUGUGCCGGUUGGACUUUAAUCAUAGCAGGAGAAGAGAGAUAUAGAUACAGAUUGAAGGAGCGAAUGAGUGGGAAUCAUUUCUUUCCAGCUCUCGGCAGGAUAAUCUUUUCUUGCUUUCUUUGUCUUUUCCCAUAUCUUUCUCUUCUGCGUUCUUGAUAAAGUCGAAAACUUUCGUCACAAGCUGCACUCUUCAACUGCGGAUUUGCUACUUUUCUCGCAUUUCAGCCCAGGAAUAAGAUAAAGCUAUCUAGGGGUGUUUCCUUUUAAAUCUUCAAUACAAGAAAAUAAAUGCAGAUUGAUUGUAUGGACCUUAUUCUAUAGUUGGUAAUUUGCAAAAGCAUAGGAUUUGCAGUCUGCCCCGUUCUGGAUAUUGUCAUCUGGUGUAAGCUUGAACAUUAGAAGAUGCAUAAUUUUUUUGAAGGUCAUCCCUUUUUAACUGAGAAGGGUCCAAAAGAUGGCAAUGCAAAAAGAGAUUGCACUACUAAUCUUAGACCAUACACUUGUGCUGGGCAGGAUUCUAGCUCAGCAUCUGCCAUUAGCAAUGAUAACAUAUCUUCAACUGUGACCUUCAAUGAAAAUUCCAUGAGAGCUGAUGGGAUAUCUUCUGCACAAGAAUUUUCUGCAAAGAGUGAAUCUUCAUGCUCUAACUCAUAUUUUAUCCGUCCAGUGUGUUCUCCAAUUGACCAUUACCAGGAAGGGUCAGUGGAUGCCAAGUCAUCUAGUCCUUAUAAGCAAGUUGCUUGUAACCAAGAGAGCGAACUUACCAACAGAUUUGAUUUAAAUGUAUCUUCUUCUGAUGUGAUACGAGUGAUGGCCAAGUUAGGGGUACCUCUAAGCUCUCCUAUGCCUACACGGAAAUUCAGAGGUGAUUUAGGUUGGAGGGGCAGUGGUGAGCCAAGUGCUUUUCAUCUCGUUUCGUUUCCCAAGGGCAUUGACAAUAAUACCCCUUGUGUGGCAAAAAUUGAUUACCAGAGUUCCAAAGAUUCAAGAGGCGAUUCUACUAUCAUUGACCUCAAUCUUACCCCACAGGAAGAAGAUUCUUCUGAUGAGUAUGGAAGUGGUGGCUCAAACUCAAAGCAAGACAAAAAGUUCAGUAUUGACCUUAAUACCCCACUCGACGGUAUUUGCGAUGAUCAUAUCCAGUGGCAGAGAUGCCAAACAACAUCUGGAGUCGAAACACGUCCUUUAGAACGUCUUGAUGUUCAAGGAUCUGUUUACAGGGGAGAAUUAAGAAGUCAAAUGCAGUUCUUUGACCAACCGUUCACGGUGGGCCAACCUGCUUUGCUUCGGCCUGUGGGACUGAUGGAUAGGUUACUUAUUCCAGUGCAGCCACAAUAUUAUUCACCUUAUGCAAUGCAGGUUUUGCCUUCUCAUUGUUAUCCAACACCUCCAAAUGCUUCAUUCUUUGUCACCAGAGAUCUGUACGGUGGCUACUCUCCUUCCCCUCAAGCCUUUAGUGGUGGUGGUGGUGGUGAAGUUCAAAACUAUCUUGGGACCCCACCAUAUCGGUUGGGGGGUGAGCAUGACCAACACCCACAUGGUGAUCUGUCUUUAGUUAAUGGAAGGUGGAAGGAGAGUACUGACAUGAGAUUUUCACAGCAAGCAGUUAGAAAGAGGAGAGAACCAGAUAGCGGAUGUGAUGCUUUACACUUUGGCUUUAAGCAUGCAUCUCACUAACUGUUUAUUACAUUUCUGAUCACAACAAGUUCUUUUGAAAACCAUUAUUCAAAAGUUGAUGUGGAUAUAAUCACCACGUUUUUGGAUGUUUCUGAAUUAGUUCACGUACAACUUUUGAAUUUCCCUUUUUCUCUAUGGGGGCACAUGACAUAGAUAUGAUCUAUAUUUCAGGUUAUGCUUUCUUCUUGGUCAUAUUGGUGCCAUUGUACAGAUUUGUUUCUACAUGAUAGUGAUGCUUUGGAGUUUGG